UAGUAGUAACAGUGCCUUUUUAGCUAGCUUACCUGCACAAGACCUGGUUUUCCAUAUUUUGAGCAGCAAGAUAAUAAUAGCCGCCAGGUGGGAGAGGUCUCCAGUUAAUCUGAAGAUGUUCAUUGCUCCGACACUGGUUAUAAGAGAAGUGACCUACAGGAAGGAAGUGCGAGAAAGAAAAAAUCUGUCUUAUUUCAUCACUGCAUUGAGUAAUGAGAUCACAGGAGUUGAGCAGAGACAGGCUACAGAGACACCGAGGACAUUGGGGAAAUGAACAGGUUUCUGUUACUUUUUCUAACUGUAAGCUUUGUUUCAACAGCAGGAUGGGAAGCACACCAAGCUGCAUUGUGGGGAUAGACCAGCCAAACAAGAUGAUGUCGCAGGACAGCAGUCACAUCAUUCUUCCUUGUGACGUAAAUAUCAACUGUUCGUCCACCAACAAGCUAUUUAGUUCCAUUGAAACCCUUUGGUUUGUCUUCAACGAGCACUCACUCUAUAACAACCCAAUCAACCUGCCAGCACAAAGUUACAAGUACAGCCUGGAAGGACACUCUUUGAGGGUCCGCUCUCUCCACACCAACGACAGUGGGGUUUACCACUGUGCAAUCGUGCUCCAAGGGGUAGUGCAUCAAGGAGCACAGGAGAUAGGACGAGGAACCAGGCUGGUGGUGAUAGAUAUGCCGGUGGUUUGGCACACUCUUUUGUGGUUUCUGUUGGUCCUGAUGGCCCUAUACAGCCUUGCUGUGGUGGUUCUGAUCAUUCUGAAGAAGUCUGGGCAAGAUAUUACCAUUUGCAGAGGAACAAGGACGAAAUGUGAUGAGAAAAACACUGUCACCAAAACAAAAAGAGCCCAAUUCAGGGCUGUUGUGCAAGAGUUAUAUGGUAGGAAGAAUGCACAGAACCCUAAGCGUUCAUCUCAGACUAAGGUUCAAGGUCCUCAGUCCAACAAUCCAGCAGAUGACAUAUAUCAAAAUGUGUGAAUACCAUCAGCUGAACUGAAUGUCAGUAAACAUUGAAAGUACUUCAUGCUUCUACCCUUCAUGACUUUAGAAUGUAGACUUUCUAC